AUGAUAAGGACCUGGAUAGUACCUCGCAAGGCUGUGGUCUUUCAAAGAGCGGUGAGCGGCGCUACUAGCAUUGUCCAGACUCGGGCCCUUGCUCAGCGGGCACAGGACGCAGGAACUUAUCAGCAGAGGGAUAUUGUCAAAGAGUUCGGUAAGGACAUUGGGGCGCUCGUCAAAGAAAAUGGGACGGGCCCAGUUAAGGAUCUCUUCGCACAGGUCAAUGAUAGUAUCUUCAACUUCAAAUUGAACCACGAAAAUGUCAACUUGGCGCGGUCAAACGACCUGACAGGGUCGAUGCACAACUUGCUCAAAUUGUCUAUAGAUGAGAGAGAACGGUCCGUGGAGCCCUAUGAGAUAUUGGACAGUUUGGCAAGGUACCAACUGGCCAGGCCAGAUCAUUUCAGGCUUGUGAUGGAGCCGCUUUUGCAACAGGGGCAGUACCAGGAAGUCUUGAACCUGUGGGUUAAAUUUCUUCAGGUCUCCGUUCAAGCAGGGCUGCCCCCCAGAAACAUCACACAGCUCGUGGUGCUCGCUUGCGUCGCUUACCUCAGGUUACCACAGGAUACAAGCCCCGACUUGGCCACUCUGUCGCAGAUCUUGCAACUGGACUCAAGUAUUAACCCGAUAAAGAACGUCCCGAUACUUCAAGUGCGGGAACACUUUAAGGAGGGCGGGCUCGACAGGUACAAAGUUCUGUUGCAACAAUGUAUAGAGAGGGACGAAAAUUGGUACUUGGAAAGGAUAUCCGUAGAGAUCUCCGUGUUCAAACUGCUGUUGCAUUACACCGACUAUGCGUCCCUCAAAAGGACUAAAGUGAGCCCACAGAUAGUCGACGCGUACAUCGAACGGUUCAUCAAGAUGCAGAAACCGUUGCUCGCCAUGAGAGUCUACAGGGACUUCAAAGACGACGUGCCUACGCUCAAUAACUCGUUGCUUCUCAUCGUGGCAAGUAUGGAUGCAUUAUCUCCGCCAAAGGCGCUUCUAAAGAUCCAGGCUGUGUGGAACUCAUACAUCAAACCGACUGACUCGAACGGCACCAUCAGCGCCGAUUCGUUCAUUCACUUGUUCAAGGCGUUGUUCCAAUCAGGGAAUAUCGAAAAGAUGGACACGGUCUGGGAGAGGGAGACUCCAAAGGAACUUAAAGCGACAAACUCGGUCUUUGAGACAUACUGGGGUCUUACUUUAAGGGAUCACACGAAUCCGAUUUUGUUAGAAACCGCAUUGAAAAAAAUGGAUAUUAAGGCAGAAAACGUCAAGACAGUGCUCUUGGCGAACUCACUCCUUUUAAAAGUACUGAAUGCUCCUAAAGCUGUUCGUUCGGAUUUCGAUAAAUUGUACGGCACCUUGUUUACGUGGGAUAAAGAUCUCAAGCCAAAUGCUACAACAAGCGCAAUAAGGAAACUUGUCGCAUACCGUUUUGAAAAGGAGAAAGCGGGGUUCCAUUUUUUGAACAUCAGGCCCACAGAUAUCCGGAGAAAGCUGAACGUUGUGAUAAAUCAGCUGGAUGAUCUGAUAGAAGUAGCACCCGUAAUCACCCCGAUCAGGAAGUUCUACGACGAAGUAGUGGAUCACACCAACUACUACCAAUUGUACAUCAAGUUCAUCAGGGCCGAAUUUACCAAGAGUGGCGGGUCGCCUCAUGCGGCAGAGGAGAUCUUCAAGACUUAUAUCUCCCAGCCAAAAUUCACGAAUAUCAGUGACUUGACUUUACGUGAAAAAUCACAAUUGAGCGAACUCGUGAACGAACUGCUGUUUGGGUUUGCAUCCUUGCGGAAGCAUGGCAGCAUCUCCAAGUUGGCCCAGUACUGCCAAUUUGCUGAACAGAUCGGCGCCAUGAUCCGUAACACUACAAGUUUCAACGUGAUGAAUAACGUAAGAUCUUUUUUGAUAAGUAACAAGGGCAAGGCAUUGGGAGAAAAGGACAAAAAAACCAUUGAAACGAUCGUGAAAACUCUGGGAGGCAACAAAUUGUUCCGUCUGAACUUAUUCGACGUGAAAUUGUUAAAGGAGGUUGGCAUCAAGGAAGAUCUGUUAAGCCAGCUGGAACGCGGCAAAAGGGGGCAAGAGGAUGUGCCUAAUGAAAAACAGGAAACUGCAACUGUAAGCAUGUAA